UUUGGUCGUCGUCUUGUAACAUCGUGGCAUUUGUAAGCCUUGGUUCUUUUCUGGAGUAGACGAGAGGAUGGUUCCCAAAUCGUGGGGCAUUCUUGGCGCUUUUUGUUCCUCAAUUUUGGGUGUGCGUGCAGCUGCUUUCGAGGAUGCGCACGUCGAUCACCAUGUCUUGUUGCCGCUCGAAGCCGUGGACAACAUCUCGCAAUUUUUGUACGGCCGGCUUGCCUUGGAUGGCAGCGCUGACCAGGAUGGGUGGCGUCUGGGGGAGCAGUUUUUUUUGGACGACGACUUGUAUCAGGCACAAGACAGCACAGCGGCCUGCACGCAACUGAAGGAAGCGGUCCGAAUGAAAUUUUCUGAGGCUGUGAGACAGGUCGUGCCAAGAAGUCGCGACGCACCAAUCGAAGCAGGCACGGAGGUGCCGUCGAACGACCCCGCUGCGCUGCGGCUGCUCGACUGGGUUCACUGCUUGGUGCACGUGGAGCUGGCGGCUGGGAGCCCUGCCACAGCGGAGAACCAGCUAGGACGCGGAACUCCAAACGGAAACAGCAAUGGUGCGCGCAGUCGAACUUCGUCGUCGCACGGAGCAGCCGCUGUGAAUACGUUCUCCCGGCGGGGCAUCAUGCAUGAAAACAUCUUGCAUCCUGCGCACCACCGAAACGUCGUGCUGCCCGAUUCAUCUUCAAGCAGAAGUGUCACGCUUGCGCCAACCCCAACGCCUUCCGAGCACCGCGUGCAGCCCCGGAUGUUUCUGAACAGCGUCGCGCGAAACGUCGUUAGGGCGUGCCCCAGCUCCAUCACUGUUAUUCGCGCGGAGCAUCAGCGGGCGACGCGUGGUCUCGAGCGACACUGGAUUGCGGGCGGCAGAGCAGCGAUGCUGUUCGUGGUGACUCUACAAGUUAUGAUUUUUGCGCGAGAAGUCUAUCUCGUGGACCGUGCGACUGCCCCGGAAACAAAUGGGAAUGUCGCUUCUAGUGCGUCUACUUCCUUUUUCGUACCAAGAAACGGAGAGAGUGCGAAUGGAUUCCGGAACCCCUACAUGUAUUUUCCUGCGAGCAGAUUUGGGACCCCAGCUGCGCGAAGCGCUAAUGUGGACCACGAGGCAACAAGUGUAGUUUCUGUUUCUGAGCCCCACUUGUAUGAUUUGUUGCCCUCUGCACACGAAGUCUGGCACCGCUGGGACCACCGCGGCACCCUGCUGGAUCUCGCACCGCACAGUCAAUUUCCACGCCGGUGCACAACGCCGUCGACCACGUAUCAGCCUCGCCCUUCUGCUCCACACAAUGCAGCCGCCCGCACGAUGGCCGCAGAUACAGCGUCAAUAGCGUCCACGACAUUCCGGACGCUGCUGCGCGCCGCCAGUAGACCGCAAUCUGAUUCGCAGGCCGAAGCCUUGCCUGCUACUGUUUCAUCUCCGGCGAAAGCAGCGUCUCUUUUGUCCCCAACAAGGUCGAUUUUACCGCUGCCAGGCAAAAACGACCGCCACGUCAUACCACCCUCGCGUAGUUCGGACGCCCAGGAGACUUCGAAUCUGCAGGCAGUCCGGUCGUGCCUGCGACAGCACGUCGCACGCACGGGCCUUCUGGACCUCAACUUGUCCGAGUUGAUACGGGCGAAAAUAACCACGGCAAACACACGCGAGAGGAGCGGCAGCGUCUCCCCGGGGGUACUAGGGGGAAAAACCGCGACUCCCGGUCAGCAUCUGUUUUCGCCAUUGGAGAUUUUUUGCAAGAACCCAUCUUCGCGCGGCACGGGCACUGCUACUGAAGAAAGUAGUGUGUGCUCAAGGCUUGUACAUCUGCUGGAGCAGGCCCGGAUGAUCCUGCUCUUCCUUUCUCGGACGCUCGUGCAAUCGGGCGGGGUCAGUCUACUGGUUGACUUGGUACACGAUGCCGUGCUGCGCCACCGCAAGCGUCGCGCCGUCUCCACCUGCGCAGCUCUGUCAGGAAAAAGCGUGGAAAGACCACAAAGAACAGCUGACAGUACGGAUAAAGCGCGAAAAAACGGCACAUCGCAAGUUUCAGGAGUAGACCGGCGCUGUUGCGAACAAGCAAAUGAAGAAGCAAGCCAUGCCUCGUAUCUUGUCCCCGAUGAGGAAGGCGGAAGACAACAAUUUGUGGCGGACGGUCUCUGGAGUGAACUAAUUGCGAAUCAUCACGCCAGCCAGAGCACGGGGCGACAAGAAACCGCACAGCACGGAAGACCUGCCAGGUCGUACGACCCGGCAGACCGCGAGCUGGCGCGCAUGAUUAUCGACGAAACGUUGAGCCUGCCGAGCCGCACGAAGUGGUUCGGGCGCGGCAUCGGGGGCGAAACCCACGCGCCACGGCAGAGGAGUCUCACGGUUGAGGAGCUGGAGCAGCGACUUCACGACGCCUACGAUUAUUGGACCGACCUCUAUCAGCAAGAGGCCUUCGGCCCGAACGACUACAGAGUCAUAACCCACUACUCGCGCAUGUCGGUAGUCGAUAAGCUGCAGCAAAUUUUGAACACCGUCCGGGCAAGCACACACACCUAUCGAGAUGUACUCUUGAUGGAAACGCUAUCGCGGUGGAGAGGACCGCGGCAGACAGCAAACACCAGCGGCGAGGGGGUGUCCCAGCCAGACCCGCCCCCUUAAACCGUCAAGCGGCACCAGGUGCUCGUACGUGGGUGAUGAAGUAAGAUAAAAUUACAUUUGAGUUCACAGCGGGUGACGUAGAACGAGCUCGCGUUUUUGUUUUUCACCUGUUCUUGAUUAUGAUUUGGUACUAGCGUUCUUAUAGUGCUGUUUGUCCGAACAUCAUGAAGAAAGCCUUCAUGACAACGUAAAUGAGCUUCCUUUUCUUUUCAAGCACCUCCUGUUUCCAGUUUACUACUUUCGAAAAAUUUUCUGCUCUACUCUAAAUGCACUAUAUUUUUGUCGUUUCGAGAGAAGCACGGGGUAGAGUUAGUUUUGUCGUUUCAGAGAAUAAAGUAAGUACCGUAGUCGCACUUUUCGCAUGCACAAAGCACUUCUCGUAGUUGAUGUAUCUUUGACACAAUUUGCAAACCGGAUUCACCUGUCAAACGAAAAUGCAACAGUAAAGAAAAACUGCGUGCCCUGCUCAAAACGGCACAUUUGAAAAUUCACUUGAAAUUUUAGGCAUGAAGUGGCCCAAUGAAAUGGAAUAUCGACGAGGCAGGCUGAGCUUGCAGCUACG